AUGGAUGAAGCAACGGCUCGUUCAAAGAAAAAGACGGGUAAAUCGAAUAUUACUCGCGUAGAAACUUGGAUUCGUGAUCAUUUAGAUCAAAUAAAUAGUAAAUUUGCAAUAGCCGUGAAACUAGAUAUGCUAAAAGAAGCAUUUCAUAAUUUUAAUGACGGUUAUAACUACUUAGAAGGCAUAUUGCCCGAUGGAGGCAAAUUAGAAACGCGAGAAGAGACAGACGCGCUUUAUUUGGGGUGUUUUGACAUUUUGAGCACGAAACUAGAUUUAUUGUCUAAAGAUAGUUUAGAUUUAGACUCAGUUAGCACAAGCUCAACAAAAAAUGUAUCGCCAGUAGCCGUUAGACUUCCGGAGUUUUCAAUCCAUCCGUAUUCAGGUAAAAUAACGGAAUGGGACUCGUUUUUUCAAAUAUUCGAUAUAACAAUUUUAAAAAAUGAUUCAUUAUCAGAUAUUCAAAAACUGAUGUAUUUAAAAUCAUAUGUUAGAGGUGAGCCGGCUAAAUUAAUAUCAAAUUUUCCGGUUGUUGCAAAAAAUUUAAAGUUAGCUUUGGAUACUCUAGUAGAGAGGUAUGGAAAUAAAUAUAAUUUGACUAAAACAUUAUUUUUGGAACUACUUGAUUUUAAACCGGUACCACAAAAUGCAAAUCACAUACAACUUAGAGAUUUAUAUGUUCAUGUGUCUAAUAAACUUAAAGCUUUGGAUAAUUUAAAUCUAACUGAUAAGGAUAAAUUAGAUUGGAUACUUAUAUUGUUAGUAGAACAAAAACUUGAUAGCGCUACGCUAAGGUCUUUGGAGUUUUCACGGGAACAAAAGGCAGAAGUUACCUUUGAGAAAUUUUUAAAUAAAAUUCAGGAAAGAGCAACACAUCUCGAAAAUUUAGUACCGGUUAAGCAUUCUGAUGCAUCUACAUCGAAUAAAAAUAAGUCUGCAGCUCCCACUUAUAAUAGAAUGAAUAAUAGAGUUUUAUCUGCUACAGACAGUGGAAAAAUAUCGUGCCAACAUUACGUCACAGCCUGUCCCAGUAAAAAAUCUUGCGUAGUGUGUCAAAAAAAUCAUGCGACAUUAUUACAUUUUUCAAAGAGAUCGUUGUCGCCUUGUUCCCAAUUGCAAACAACGGAAAUAUUAAAUUCUUCUCCGAGCCUCGCAAACGAUAAAAAUGUUAGUAAUGGUAAUAACGCGAGUAUCGAAUUUACGACUUUGACAAUGUCUAAUAAAAAUUCGGUUGUCCUGUUGGGAACUAUAAAUGUUUUCUUAUAUUCAAAAUAUGGUCGUAAAAUUUUGGUCAAAGCGUUAAUUGAUCCGGGUAGUCAAUUAUCUUUUAUAACCGAAGAGCUUGCAAAUAGAUUAAAAUAUCCUACGCAGGAAAAGAAUAUGUCGAUUUAUGGUUUAGGAAUUAGUUUAACGAGGUCACAAAAGACGGUCAAUAUCGUAAUAAAUUCGUCGGUAAAUUCAGAAAAAAUGAGAAUGUCUUGUGGUAUUUUGAGCAAAAUAACAAAUCCAUUACCGCAGUUUGAAAUUGAUAGUAAAAAACUUUGCAUUCCCUCUCAUUUUGUUUUGGCAGAUUCUCAAUAUUACGUGACGUCGGAUAUACAUUUGUUGAUUGGAGCAGAUUAUUGCUAUAAAAUAUUGGUAGAUGGUAUGCACCACAUGGGGGAAAACAUGCCAACCCUUCAAAAUUCAAGAAUGGGAUGGAUUAUAGCCGGUACAAUACCAACUUCGUUUAUAAAAAACCCUUCGAGUAAGAAUUCACAUGCACAUCACGCAUGUUUUGGAACUAAACAACUGGAGUCUAUUCACACAAGUGAAGAUGCAUCACUAUGCGUUUCAUUGUGUAUCUCUUCGAGAAAUUCUGAGACUCUCGAGCACAUUGUACAAAAAUUUUGGUGCACUGAGGACGUUCCGAGAGAGAAGCCAAGUUUGAACUCCGAUGAAUUAAUAGCGGAGAAAAUAUUUGUAGAUAGCACAGUUGUACUUCCAGAUGGAAGAUAUCAAGUAGAUAUGCCUUUUCGAGUAAAUACAAAAUUUCACGUAACUGUUCAGUUUGUAGUAGACUAUAUUGGAGUCUACUUAUUUAUUUGUGAUUUUAUUACCGCCAAAUUCAGCAAAGAACUACCAGAUUUGUGGUGUUUGGGCUAA